CAUGGAUACAAUACAUUCAAUUUUAAAUUUAGUUUAGCGAUGAUAGUGGAUUUAGUAGCCGCCCCUCUGUGGACGGGCGGAGCUAAUCACAUCGGGGUGAGGAAAUGAACUACUUCGUGACUACCAUUUAUAGCUGUGGACUAGUGGGCGGAGAGAUAUGUUGCACAGACACCAGACUCCUAGGAAAUUACCAGGUUUAAAUAAAUGGGAUAGAAGAAUCGCGGCCGCUGACCCGUUUCUUCUCGACUCCGCGGAUCGUCGUCCUGCUCCCCGAUGAUUGCGCGGUGGUUGCUGCCGCUGAUCUGCGCGCUCUCCGCAGAGGCCAAUUUCUUCCAGCUCGACACCAUUAGCAACGUUUCCACUUAUUAUUUUAAUUACAUUUAUUGUAACAUAUGGGAGGGGGAGUGUCAGCCUCACCAAGAUGAUGCCACACAGCAAGUUCCUACCAGGGAACUGUGGGCAGGUUUUCCCCAGGACUACAUCAGCCUGCUGCAUCAGUGGUACUGUAGCCUGGGUCAGUGCUGUGAGUCUGGAGACUGCAGGAUAACUAACAACAUCACAGGUCUGGCAAAUGACCUCCAGACAAAGCUCCACGGGCAGCACCUGGUCCAGUCUGUAGUUCUCAAAGCUAUCCAGGGUUUCAUCAAAAACCCAGAGUCCAACAAGCCACUGACACUGUCCUUCCACGGCUGGUCCGGUACUGGCAAGAACUUUGUGGCCCGGAUCAUCGCUGACAAUCUGUAUCGGGAUGGGGUGAAGAGCGAGUGUGUCCGUCUGUUCAUCGCCCCAUUUCACUUCCCACAUGCCAGACUGGUGGACACGUACAAGGGCCAGCUGAGAGAAGCUAUCAGAGACAUGGUGCUGCGCUGCCCGCAGACUCUCUUCAUCUUUGAUGAGGCCGAGAAGCUCCAUCCCGGUCUUAUUGAUGCUAUCAAGCCCUACAUGGAUCACUAUGACAAUGUGGACGGGGUCACUUACAGAAGAGCCAUCUUCCUUUUCCUCAGUAAUAUCGGGGGUGCAACAAUCAAUGAUGUAGCACUGGACUUCUGGCAUUCUGGUCAGAAUCGAGAGGACAUCGGUAUGGAGGACCUGGAGCAUCGGCUACGAGCUGAAACUAUGGAGUCUCAAGGUGGGUUUGCUCAGAGUGAGCUCAUGUCUGGGCACCUGAUUGACUUCUUUGUGCCAUUUCUCCCUCUGGAGUACCGCCACGUGAAGCUCUGUGCUCGUGACGCCUAUGCAGCACGGGGUUUAGAGACGGACGAAACAACACUAGAUGAGGUUGCCAAGGCAAUGCUGUACGUCCCAAAAGAAGAGAGACUGUUCUCUGCCCAAGGAUGCAAGUCCAUACCACAGAGGAUCAACUUCUUUCUCCCCUAGAAGGAGAGACAGAAAAGGAGAGAGCGACCUAAAGGAGGUGUUAGAUUGCUUUACCAGCCCAUCAGCAUACAGAGCCACAGGGGAGAUAUGUCUUCUUUGUGCCACUCUGUGCACCACCCUCUCCCCACACAGAUACAACACGUGUCUGUCCAGGUCCCGCAGAGAAGGCCAGGCAGCAGGGCAGAUCCAGUAUGAGAGGGGGAGCAGCAUGGCCCAUUCUGCAGAGGUCAGCAGCGUUGCAGAAAACGUCAGUGUUGUGAAACGGUCAUCGUGUGAGGUGUGGCUGCUCUCCUUCACCUGCCUGGUUGGAAUUCUCACCAUGUCAAGACAAAGACAUGAAGAAGACAGUGGCUAUCAUAAAGGGUUGCUCAUACAUUUUUCUAUCACACUAUUUAUGUCACUUCACCUCUGCAAAAGUAUGAGUUGUGCUGCUUGUUUAUUAUUCUUGGGUCAUGUAUUAGUAUUUGCAUGUCAGACAUUGUACUUUCAACAGGACCGACUAUUUAUUGAUAUCUUUUGUGCCAUAGUUAAACAUUCCUUCUGUGUAAUAUUAGAUUUGUGGAGUGGUUUAAGUGCACUCUUGUUGGUCCUUUUAACUAAUUCUUUUUAAAGGCCAUUUUGUGAUGGCAUCACAUUUGCUGUGUAGACAUCCCAACCUAGUAUGAAUGCACAUCACUCUGCUACAUUAGAGCAUGACUAUGUUCAGUUUUGAUCUUGCGAAACAAGAAAAUUUUGUGACUGCAUCUUGCAGGGUUGGGCUACACAGUAAAUGGUACUCAGUACCAUAUGAAAUAGCUAACAUGGCAAUAGCCAACAGUUGUAGAAAUGUUACUUUAAAAUUUUCUUAGUAAUGUGAUGUGCAAAAAAUAAGUAAUUUGUUUCAGUCAACGUCUUUUUUAUUUUAUUUUUUUUUUAUUCAAACCCUUUGAUCUAUUUUUCCAUGUCAGUAAUUUUAAAGGGGUGUAGGUGCAAACUGUGAUUGUGAAAUGCAGUUAUUUGUCAUUUUGAGUCCAUUCACAGGUUUGCUUUAUCCCCAGCCUGCGGCAGGGAUUUUGUUUGUUGGGAAUGAGGGCCAAGGCAUAAUGUCACAAUGAAAAGAAAGUUAAGCAGACAUGGUUU